AUGACCGUCAUCAUCGAUUACCAGCACUAUCCUCACAUCCUCGACACCGUCAUACACUACUGCUCCCUCGACGGCCUGCACAACCUGCGCGCGACAGGCAAGCCCAUUCGCGACCGCGUCACUCAACUCGUCCUCCAACACGUUGCGAUCCGUCCCCCCUCCAACAUACUCUACAAGCCCACUUCCACGACCAACGACCCCAUUGCUCUCCCUUUCCUCCCGUCUGAUGUUAAGACUCUCGACAUUCUCAGUGGCGACUGGAUCGGUUUUCUCCGGCCAGCUGAUGUACUUCAUGGCUACACGUCUGUCACGACCGUUCGCCGCCUCGGAGCCAAGGCAAUCCAAUACGAACUCCCGGCGUUCGGGGCGCCUGUGAACACUGUCGUGGACCACAUCGGUACGCGUUCCUUCGCGACUCGCUUCAGGACUCUCACAGUCACUGCUGUUCCCGGCGUACGGCGACAUGUGCUCCAUAUAUCGUGGGACGAGCACGUCGACAUGCGCCUCUACAUGAAGCUUCACAAGACCCCAACGCUCGAGCGCUUCGACCUAGUCCUGUGGCCGUACUCGACUGCUCCGAAUUCAGACAACCAUAUCAUCCCAGCUUCCGAGAUCUGGGCGCCGAUGCGCUUUCUCGACAAAUUCCUUCGCGGCGGUGGGACCCUCACCAUUGUUGGCCUCGAGGAUGUCCAUCCGAGGCAGAUAUCUUCAUCUGCUCCCUCUACCGCCGACCGCGCGAACAACGUCAAGCUUCUUAUGAAGGCCAUAGCUCAUGACCGCUUCUUCUCCCGCCUCCCAGCCGACGACUUGAACACCCUUCGUGCCGGCAUAGUGUGCCUCACGCGUCUACAGUGGUACGACGCCAUGAGCGACGAGGACAGGCGCUUUGUUUGGCGCGAGCCAGGUGCAGCGCACCGCUCAAGCCCAGUCGACUUUGCGGCCAUCUUCGCGACCAAGCACCGGCGCAAGCUGCGCCCGGCGCUGUGCAGAUUCGACCUGCCCGGUCUCCAGCGCCACGUCAUUCACGUCCGCUGGGGACAGCAUCAGCUGUACUGCUCUCAGACGCACUGGCCAGAGAAGGUCUGGCAUGAUCGCUAUUAA